ACUCUAUAUAACGCAACACACCAAUGCUUCUCUUCAACCAUUCACUUCACAACUCAAACUCUGCCAUUGCAUUGCAUAUAGAUAAGACCAACCCCUUUUCCUUCAGUUCAGCAUCAAGAUGGCAUCAGUGCAUGCUAAUGUGACAUCAGUUGUUUGCAAGAAUGGCAACCACACUUCUCAAUCGAAAUUUGCAAGUUCUUCAUUCUUGCCUGGGUUUGAUGCUGUUGGGCGUGUUGCUUGGAAGAAGGAACUUGUUCCAUCUUCCAUUGCUUUGGUACCUAGAGCCACAUUAACAUUUGAUCCUCCAACAACCAAUUCAGACAAAACCAAACAAAAGAAGCACACUGUUGACCCUGCUUCUCCAGAUUUUCUUCCUCUUCCUUCCUUUGAACAGUGCUUUCCAAAGAGCACCAAAGAACAUAGGGAAGUGAUUCAUGAAGAAACUGGUCAUGUGCUCAAAGUUCCGUUUCGUCGAGUUCUUUUGUCUGGGGAUGAAGGACACUUUGAUACCUAUGAUACUAGCGGUCCCCAAAAUAUAAGCCCAAGGAUAGGACUCCCAAAAUUGCGCAAGGAGUGGGUUGAUAGGAGGGAGAAAAUGGGUCCACCAAGAUUCACUCAGAUGUACUAUGCUAAGCAGGGAAUCAUUACUGAGGAGAUGCUGUAUUGUGCCACCCGUGAGAAACUUGACCCAGAGUUUGUGAGGUCAGAAGUUGCCCGGGGACGUGCUAUCAUCCCUUCCAACAAGAAACAUUUGGAGUUAGAGCCCAUGAUAGUUGGAAGAAACUUUUUGGUGAAAGUAAACGCCAACAUUGGAAAUUCUGCAGUUGCAAGCUCUAUAGAAGAGGAAGUUUACAAGGUUCAGUGGGCAACUAUGUGGGGAGCAGACACAGUCAUGGAUCUCUCAACUGGCCGUCACAUUCAUGAAACUCGAGAGUGGAUCUUACGCAACUCUGCUGUACCAGUUGGGACUGUACCUAUUUAUCAAGCACUUGAAAAAGUUAAUGGAAUUGCUGAAAAUCUUAGCUGGGAGGUUUUCAGGGAUACCUUGAUUGAACAAGCUGAACAGGGUGUAGAUUACUUCACCAUCCAUGCAGGAGUUCUUCUGAGAUAUAUUCCCUUAACAGCAAAACGUAUGACAGGAAUUGUCUCCAGAGGAGGAUCUAUUCAUGCAAAGUGGUGCUUAGCUUAUCACAAAGAGAAUUUUGCUUAUGAACACUGGGAUGACAUACUUGACAUCUGCAAUCAGUAUGAUGUGGCCCUAUCGAUUGGUGAUGGCCUAAGACCUGGAUCCAUCUAUGAUGCAAACGACACAGCUCAAUUUGCUGAGCUCUUGACACAAGGAGAACUGACCCGUAGAGCAUGGGAAAAGGAUGUACAGGUAAUGAAUGAAGGACCUGGACAUAUCCCAAUGCACAAGAUUCCUGAAAACAUGCAGAAGCAGCUAGAAUGGUGUAAUGAAGCACCAUUUUACACUCUUGGUCCUUUAACAACUGAUAUUGCCCCUGGCUAUGAUCACAUCACCUCUGCAAUUGGUGCUGCAAAUAUUGGGGCACUUGGUACAGCGCUUCUCUGUUAUGUGACUCCAAAAGAACAUCUCGGGUUGCCAAACCGUGAUGAUGUGAAGGCUGGAGUUAUAGCUUACAAGAUAGCAGCUCAUGCUGCUGAUUUAGCCAAAUGUCAUCCACAUGCUCAAGCCUGGGAUGAUGCAUUGAGCAAGGCAAGGUUUGAAUUUCGAUGGAUGGAUCAGUUUGCUUUGUCAUUGGAUCCAAUGACUGCCAUGUCCUUCCAUGAUGAAACCUUGCCGGCAGAUGGUGCGAAAGUGGCUCAUUUCUGCUCAAUGUGUGGCCCUAAAUUCUGCUCUAUGAAAAUAACAGAGGAUGUGAGGAAGUAUGCUGAGCAACAUGGCUAUGGAACUGCUGAGGAAGCUUUGCUGCGUGGGAUGGAUGCUAUGAGUGCUGAAUUUCAAGCUGCCAAGAAAACUAUCAGUGGAGAGCAACAUGGUGAAGCUGGUGGAGAGAUUUACCUGCCAGAAGCUUACCUAAAUUCCAAGGAGAGGACUACAUAAAUGGAGCAAAUCAUUUGGAAGAUCUUGUAGCUAGUUUCACAACAGGCCUAUGAGGGCAGCGAAGCAUUUUCAAGCCGUAGGAGAAUAAGAUCUGUUUGUGGAUAAUAUUUAAGAACUUUAUCUUUAGUAAACUUCUGUUUUGUUAUCCAAUUCUCAGCAAUAAAUUGCUCUAGUAUCAUGUUUAGUACCAUCUUUA